UGAAACUCUUCACCGGUAACGAUAAAACAAUCACUGACGCAGCCCCAAAAGCAGUUAGAGGAUAGAAAGGGGUAGGAAGAGGUUUCUUUCUCUCUCUCUUCUUUCCGGCUUAGGAGAGAGAGAGAAAAGAACCCACGACCACGAGCAAUCCAUCUCCCCUAACAUCAAUUAUUCUUCACGGAGUAAACUUUAUUGUUAAUUAAUUGACGUUGGGUUGGGUUGGAUUUUCUUGUUAUUCGGAUGAACUAAUUGAUUUGUUUUGGGUUUUGGGUACUGUUCUUCAACAUGUUGUUGCCUAACACUUUCGAUCUCUGGCAAAAGGAUGCUUUCUUCUCUGCGGCCGAGGAGGUCCAGGAAUCAGCUGAUAGAAUGGAAUCCACAUACAGGACAUGGCUAAGAGGGAAGAGAGAACGAUCAAUUCCCAAGUACGUAGAUGAACUAUGUCGGGAGCUGCAAACGUCUUUGGGUACUGCAAAAUGGCAGUUGGAAGAGUUUGAGAAGGCUGUCAAGCUAAGCUACAGGCAUCUUGAUGAUGAGAAUGCAGUCACUAGGCAUAGACAAUUUAUUUCGGCCAUUCAAAACCAAAUUUCCUAUGUUGAAGCAGCAUUAAGAGAAUCUUUUAUCGAGGAAGGAAGACAGCCCUUCCGCUGGGUUAAUCUGGAUGAAGAAGAGCGUGAUGAUUUUGCUGCAUUUUUAUCUGGAACCUCUCAGAACAUGCAGACCCCUAAGGAUGAAUGCAUGGAAUUGGCUCCUUCCGCGAAAAAUACACUUCACGAAAAAGAGAUCAACAAGAAAGACAAAAUCCAUGAUGUAAAUGCUGCCUGCAAUGGAAAUAUCUUUAGUGACCGAAAAGCUAUAAAGGAUGUCAUUGCCAUCAACAAGGAUGUAAAUUACGUUAGAGAAAUAAAAGGAGAUGAAGUUUCUGGAAAUAGUGAGGAUAUAGUUUCUCAAGCAGACAGAACAACUAAUAUAAGGAAGACAUGUAGUUCCCCAAAAUUUUGGGAGUUAAAAAUCGUAAUUGCUGAUGAAGAUGAACAGAGAAAUAAACUCAUGCAUACUAUUGAUGGAAACUCCAAAGGAAAAGGGUUCAAACCUGGCUUCUGGAAACACAGAUUUGAAGAAUAUCCUCAGGCAAUGCGAGCGGUACACAUGUUCAAUCAGCUUUCUGGUCACAUCGGUUGUUUCCAGGGACAAUUCAAUAGUUCCCCACAGUUGCGAUCUCGCUGUUCUGUUCCAAUUAUGCUUGCUCUUAUGAUUACCAUGUUUCUCCUUGUUCCCUUUGUACUUUAUUCAACUUGAGUUAAAAUGCUUGUUCACUCAACCAGAUGAAGAGGGUUCCUCCUGUCCUUAUGAAUGACAUUUUUGAGGUUACUGUUCGUGUGUUCAUCUUCAUGUAAUGGAGCUUCCCUUGGAAUGGAGAAAAGGACAGUAACAGUAAUUUUCAAGGAACCGAGCUUGGUUGAAUUUACCUAACAGGUGAAUAUUCAAUAGUGAUAAGUUGAGCCGCGGAACAAGGAUUGAAGGAUGGACAUCCUUUAAAAAAGGACAGACAGAGGGAGAGUGAGAGAGAAUAUUUCAGAGGCAAUUGAUUGUAAAUGCUUUUAUUUGAUAUUAAUUGCAACCAUAAUUGAUGGCAUGAUAGUUAUAUAACAAGGUCACAUUCAGGAUGAUGAGGUUUGUAGUACCAUAAUUGUAUUAACAUCUAUCAUAAAGAAGGAAUUGAGAUUACUUA